AUGCCGAACUCACGUAGCCCGGUGGGUCUCCAACCAUGCGCUACUCGAGCGCAGAUAGUGAAGAUACCGCCAGUGCCCGCUCCUUCAGCCUCAGACAGUUGGACUGCGCUAUAUCUGGUCUCGCCUCCGCUUCCAGCCCACGUCUCCGUCGUCCAGUUUGGUAUUAUCAGCCAUGAUCAAAGAUGGUGCUCCAAUCCGCAGGACGGAGUCUGGUCUUGGUUUGAGAUGUCCAUUCUGGGGUCAUGGCUGGAGGAUGCGAAUUCAAGUUCCCACAGUCUGUCUGAUGAUGUGUAUCUCAUGUCGUGCCCAGAAGACUUUGGACAGAUAUUCCAGGAGCAGGGAUUGUAUUUUAAAAACAUACCUCAUGAGAGGAAUGGGGAUAGAGAGACAGUUCCAUCGGUGAUAAGCGUGCCAAUUGCCAGAAACUCAAUUCAACGGGCUUGGCAACAUCAAACCGUCAUAUGGGAGCGGAAUGACAACGACAGCACCAAUGGUGGCUUUUUGCCCCUUCUUGAGAAGGGCGAUCGGCUAGCUAUCUGGGCACGUACACAGUUCCCUGGAUGGAUGAACUUUGUGAAAGAAGUUCGAAUCACGAUAUCGACCGACGCAAUACAAGCUUCUGAGCAUCUGGAUUGUCUUUCUUCUACAACUCUGACCGAAGAUAAGCAACUACAUGAGGAAAAGAUUAAUAGCCAAGGUAACCUUAAGCGCGCUGGCGGCGAUGCCCAGACCGAGGAUAUUCCUGUUCUCAACAACUCAUAUACCAGCCAGAAGUCUCCAAAAUCAGGACACCCGAGAACCUCGGAAUUUGAGAGGACAGGCAGCGUGGGAGACUUGGAAGAAUCUAUCCGACAAGCACAGCAGACAAUCGAUAUCGCCCCACAAGACCAUCCAAUGCUAGGAGCACUAUUGAACAAUCUGGGCUCCGCACUUUACAGUCGGUUUAAGAGGACAGAUAGGAUGGAAGACUUAGAAGAAUCAAUCCGGCGAACACAGCAGGCCGCGGAUAUCAUUCCACAAGACCACCCAUGGCUAGGAUCACUAUUGAACAAUCUAGGUUCCCAACUUUCGAGUUCCCAACUUCACAGUCGGUUUGAGAGGACAGACAGGAUGGAAGACUUGCAAGGAGCUAUUCAACAAACACAGCAGGCCGUGGAUAUGACUCCAUGGGAUCAUACGAACCUAGCAACUCAUCUACAUAGUCUAGGAACCCAACUUUCGAGUCGGUUUGAGAGGACAGGCAGGAUGGAAGACUUGGAGGAAUCAAUCCGACGAACUCAGCAGGCCGUGGAUAUCACUCCACAGGAUCAUCCGAACCUAGUAAUUUAUCUAAAUAGUCUGGGAACCCGACUUGCGAGUAGGUUUAAGAGAACCAACAGGAUGGAAGACUUGGAAGAAUCCAUCCGACGAACACAGCAGGCUAUGGAUAUCAUUCCACAAGACCAUCCAAAGCUAGGAUUGCUAUUGAGCAAUCUAGGUUCCCAACUUCACAGUCGGUUUAUGAGGACAGAUAGGGUGGAAGACUUGGAAGAAUCAAUCCGACGAACACAGCAGACCAUCGAUAUCACCCCACAAGACCACCCAUGGCUAGGAUCACUAUUGAACAAUCUAGGAUCCUUUCUUCAUAGUCGGUUUAAGAGGACAGACAGGAUGGAAGACUUGGAAGAAUCAAUCCGGCGAACCCAGCAGGCUGUGGAUGUCACCCCACAAGACCAUCCAAGCUACGCAAUGUAUCUUAACAAUCUAGGAGUCCAACUUUCGAGUCGGUUUGAGAGGACAGAAAAGAUGGCAGACUUGGAGGAAUCAAUCCGACGAACGCAACAGUCAGUGGAUUUCGCACCAAAAGACCAUCCUUCGCUGGCAGAAUGGUUGUACAAUCUGGGAAAUCAUCUUUCUUGGUCGGCUCGACCACACGAUCAGGAUCAGGCCUUACGGCGUUUCCAACAAUCCUGGAACUGCCACACCGGUUUACCUUUCCGUCGACUUGGUUCAGCCAGCCGAGCGGUUCGAUUAUUGAGACAGCGAAGUGACUGGUCCGAAGCCUUAAACAUUGCAAAGCAAGCAAUAAAUCUUAUUCCCGUAAUGAAUAAUCGCUCCUUGAGCCGUGGUGACCAGCACUUUGUGGCAGCGAAAUUCUCUGGUCUCGCUGUAGAUGCCUGCUGUCUUUCGCUCCUGUCCAAUGGUGACGCUUUUGAAGCUCUCCAGUUGUUGGAACUUGCUCGUGGAGUUAUUAUGGGCCUGCUUAUCGACGAUCGCAGCGACAUUUCAGCACUGAAACAGUCACACCCGGAGAUGGCGGCUACCUAUGACCGACUCCGCAACGAAGUGAACACGCCAAUGCAUGAAGCCGAAGAUGUGAGCGUGCGGCGAGACAGGGUCCAAAGACGCCUAGCGGCGGUCAAGGAAUUGGACGAAUGCAUUGCUAGCGUCCGACAGCUGCAUGGAUGUGAACGGUUUCUGCUCGGGCCGACGUUGGACGAGCUGAAGACACAGGCCGCAGAAGGACCGAUUGUCGUAGUUAAUGUGUCAGAUAUCCGCAGUGAUGCUAUCAUUGUCAGCGACUCGGCUGUGAAGUCGAUCAGAUUGCCUCACUUAACAGCGGAAGAUACGGCAAAAUGGAUGAAUCAGAAAUUGACAACAUACCGUAAUCCACAGGAAAAGGGCAAAAAAAAUAAACAACAUCUGGAAUUCUUGCGAUGGCUGUGGUCGAGCUGUGUGGAAGUGAUUUUGCAGGACAUUUACACUGGAAAGAGGCCUAAUCCUGGCAAUCUUCCCCGUGUUUGGUGGAUUGGCGCUGGGAUUGCUUCCUAUUUGCCUUUCCACGCCGCUGGUAUUCACACGCUCGGAUCAUCAGACAAUACUCUUUGCUGGGCCAUCUCCUCUUACGCCCCAACAAUCAAAGCUCUCACCUAUGCGAGGGAAGGGGGAACAACGGCAACAGCCAGGUUAGACCCACCGAAACUCUUGGUAGUGACGAUGCCCCGGACCCCGGGUGAAAGAGAUCUUCCUGGGGUAGAAAACGAGAAGGCGGCUAUUGAGAUGGUUGCACAAUCUACGUUUUCGACAGAGACACUUAAUCAGCCUGACGCCAAAAUGGUGCUGGAGAGACUGAUACAAUGUGACAUGCUUCACUUUGCCGGUCAUGGAGUGUCCGACUAUACUGAUCCGUUCAACAGUAGCCUCUUGCUGCAGAAAGACCACGGAGCAGCGGCGACUGUGGAUAACCUCAGUGUACGAGAGGUGUUCGACCUCCAUCUGCAAGGAGCGAGAAUAGCGUACCUGUCAGCCUGUUCGACGGCCGAGACCCGGGCUAGACGGCUGGAAGACGAGGGGUUUCACCUAGCCAGUGGAUUUCAGAUGGCGGGAUUCAGUCACGUAAUUGCAUCCAUGUGGCCGACGGAUGAUGAUGCCUGUGCGGAGAUGGCAACGGGAUUCUACGGGCAAUUGAAGGACAAGAUUGAAAGAGGGAUCGAGAACAGAGAUGUGGCGGUCACAGCACACCAGUCAAUAAUGGAGAUGCGGUCAAAGCGGCUGCGAUUCCCUCUCCUGUGGGCGCCGUAUAUACACCUGGGAGCAUGA